UUCAUCACCUGUUUGCACUUUACCGCACGUUGUCAUCCGCGGGACGGCAGUAUUCAGCAACGGCCUGAAUGUAAAGAGGCUGAUGAGCCUGCGUGGAGGGAUAGAUUUUGCCGUCAACAUCAAUCAUGACAUGUCGGUAAUUUUUAAGCACUCCAUAUAACCUCAUACCAACGGCGUGGAGAUGGCAACUCUCGAGGCAUAUCUGCCCUUGAACGAAAGAGCGAGAUUGCUGUAAGAGGGCAAAGGCAGCUCGCACCAAGCUGACUCUGGACUCAUCCCGAUAAGCUCUUGGGUAAAGAUGGAUAUUCCGAUUACGACGACACCCUGGCAGGCUUGCAGUCAAUUGUUAUACGGAAUACUACGUUCUUGAAGAUGAUUUGCCAUACCGCUGCAUUGAUAUGAUCCUUUACAACCGAACAGGGAAUUGGUCUCACUUCCGUUUAACGGUAUUAGUGGUUCACUUCUUAGGGACCCCGGAUCAAGACAAAGUUGUUGCUUGUCAUAAUAACAGCGUUACUUGCAACCAUACGAUGGCCGGCACAAUUGAGGGUGCUCUAAAAUCCCCUCAUCCGGCUCUGAAUGCCUCUUCGCCAGCCAGUGUUUGAGCGUGCAGUCGUAAGUCCUCCUGAUAACCUAGCGAUCAUUAGCACGCAGUCAGGCAUCGCGCGUAGCGUAACUAACACUUGCGUACAGCACAAGCAGCUGCCACCAUGAUUGAAUG